CCUGUGGAUGAACAGACAGAAGCUGGAAGAUCCCCAAAAAAGAUGUGUGAGAGGAUCUCUCAGAACCGGAGCAGGGGCCACUGGCUGCUGGCACUUUCCCUGGCCUGGCUGUGGACCCUCCUCGCCUCAGCUUCCUUGCAGCUGCCAACUCCCACAGGUCUGGGGCAGGGGCCUGGGGGAGGGUUUUCCUGGAGGCCUGGAGAGCUGGGCACUGCUCCACCCCAUUCUAGAGCCGGCUGAUCGCCAAGGCCGGUCCUGGUGGAGCAGGGCGCCUGCGAAGUGAUUGCCGCUCAUCGCUGCUGCAACCGGAACCGCAUCGAGGAGCGCUCCCAGACGGUCAAGUGCUCCUGCUUUUCCGGCCAGGUGGCCGGCACCACCCGCGCAAAGCCCUCCUGCGUGGACGCCUCCAUCGUCUUGCGGAAGUGGUGGUGUCAGAUGGAGCCCUGCCUGCGGGGGGAAGAGUGCAGAGUGCUCCCGGAUCUGUCAGGAUGGAGCUGCAGCAGCCGAAACAAAGUCAAAACCACCAAGGUGAGUUUGUCUUCGAGAAAAUGGCAGGUCCAUAAGAACAAGGGCACCCAAGAGGAUUAUUACUUUCAUGGUUUACUGCCUGCCACCACAGAACAAGGAGUAAUUAAAAUUGUAUCAAACUCAUUAGCAAUUCCAUAUGUGUCAUAA